GUGGGGCGCCGGUAGUUGUGAGUCUCGCAGCCACGCGCCCUUCCCCUUCUGUCAGCUAAGCCUCCGGGCGCUGGGACUUUCUUUUCUGAUGAUAUUUUGCGACAGAAAUAAUUUUCUCAUAAUUUGGGCAUGCUGGGAACGCCAUAUGCAAAUGAGACUGCAUUCCACGCCCCUUCAACGUUGGGGCGGUUACCAGGGCGGCCCAGUGCGCAGGCGCGGGAAAGUUGAAUUUCCGAAGAAAAGUUUGUCGAAAUUGAGUGAAAGCGUGAAAGCCGGCGCCGGCGCGACUAGAGCAGAAUCCCGAACCAGGUGCCUCCAUGGCCGGCUCUGAAGAGCUGGGGCUCCGUGAGGACACACUGAGGGUUCUGGCUGCCUUCCUUAGGCGCGGUGAAGCUGCUGGGUCCCCUGUCCCAACUCCACCCAGGAGCCCUGCCCAAGAGGAGCCAACAGAUUUCCUGAGCCGCCUCCGAAGAUGCCUCCCUUGUCCCCUGGGGAGAGGAGCCCCUCCCCUGGAGUCCUCUCGGCCCAGCUUCCUUCCCCUACGCCCCUGCUAUGGCUCGCAGCCUGGCCCAGCUCCUUCAGACUUCUACGCCCUGGUUGCCCAGCGUCUGGAACAGUUGGUCCAAGAGCAGCUGAGGUCUCCGCCCAGCCCAGAGUUCCAGGGUCCCCCAUCCAAUGAAAAGGAAGCCCUGCUAAGGAGGCUGGUAGCCUUGCUGGAGGAGGAGGCAGAAGUCAUCAACCAAAAGCUAGCUUCUGACCCGGCUCUGCACCGUAGACUGGCUCGACUGUCCGCAGGCUCUUUUGCCCGCCUCGUGGAACUCUUCUCCAGCCGGGAAGUCAGCUCCUCCCCAAACUGUGCAAGCCCCUCGCUGCCAUGCCCAGCACCCCCACCACCAUCCCCGGAACCACUGGCCCGCCUGGCUCUGGCCAUGGAGCUGAGCCGGCGUGUGGCUGGGCUGGGGGGUACCUUGGCCGGCCUCAGUGUGGAGCAUGUACACAGCUUUGCGCCCUGGAUCCAGGCCCAUGGGGGCUGGGCAGGCAUCCUGGCCAUCUCACCUGUGGACCUGAACUUACCCUUGGACUGACUGCCUCCUCUGAACCCACAAACGCAGGUUCUGCUGACACAUACUUCCUCUCAGGGCUCUGGGAUGGUGGCUGCCACGCCACUUUUUUUGCCAAAAAGGUUGUUUAGAAAUGUCUCCAUAUUAAAAGCUUUGUUGUUUACUAAAA